AUGAACAUCCUCCUGCUGGUCUCGCUCCUCGUGCUCUCUGCCUCUACGGUGAUCUGCAAGCAAUGCUACUCGUGCCAGGGGACGGACGGAUGCAACCUCGACAGUCGGCACUGGGAUGUAGUGAACUGCGACGGUGACGACGACCACCUCGGUUUACCGCAAGGGGGUCAGAGAAGUUUGGAACCUGACGAACGCGACCGUUACUGCUUCAGUUCGUGGAGGGACAGAGAAGAAUGCGUGUUACGAGAUGAACACGUGACAGACUGUUUCUGCAAGGAAGACCUCUGCAACGACGAAGGAAACAAAAAUGUCGAGGAAGGAAAACUAGAAUGCUACCGUUGCGACGACGAGGACCAGUGCGGACGGAACAUCACACUAUGGGCCACUGAACGAUGCGACGGUGACCUUCAGACCAACGGAUGGCAUUGUGCAAGUCUGUGGAAGGAUGGGAAACUGAAGAAAGCCCGCUGCGGUCUCUCCACGGGUCCUGGUUGCUUCUAUGAUCCGGAUCGAGACGACGACGACAUGAUUUGCUACUGUAACUCGACCCUCUGCAACGACAAGGAUAACCAUGGCUUUCCACCUGAUUCCCUUGAAUGCUACGACUGCGACGACGAGAAAGAGUGUGGAGAUGACGUCGCCCUUUGGAGCACGCAAAAGUGCGUUGGCCCUACGCCAGGGGGCAAUCAAUGGCACUGUUCUAGCGAAUGGCAAGACGGGAAACUGAAGAAAGCCCGCUGCGGUCUCUCCACGGGUCCUGGUUGCUUCUAUGAUCCGGAUCGAGACGACGACGACAUGAUUUGCUACUGUAACUCGACCCUCUGCAACGACAAGGAUAACCAUGGCUUUCCACCUGAUUCCCUUGAAUGCUACGACUGCGACGACGAGAAAGAGUGUGGACAGGACGUCGCCCUUUGGAGAAGCCCUCAUGAAGCCGGCUGCCUUCCCUGGACGAAAAAGGAAUGUGUCCAGGACGAAGAUCGAGAUGAUGACACGAUCUGUUUCUGCCAGACUGACCUCUGCAACGACAAAAACAACAAGGACGACGACGACGAUGACGAUGAUGGCAGCGCGAUCGUGAAACCCUCGUUCCUCCUCGCUUUCCUUGUCCUCUGUCCAAUACUAGCAUAUCAACACCUCCUUCUUCACUCCUAAAGGGGGAUUUGUUGUUCAUG